AUGCCUCCAGCUUCACCCCGCACCACUCUUCCUCCUUCCAUCACCCCGCCCCAUUCUCCCUCCUUCCAUCACCCCGCCCCGCCCCAUUCUCCCGCUUUCCAUCACCCCGCCCCAUUCUCCCUCCUUCCAUCACCCCGCCCCAUUCUCCCGCUUUCCAUCACCCCGCCCCAUUCUCCCGCUUUCCAUCACCCCGCACCACUCUUCCUCCUUCCAUCACCCCGCCCCAUUCUCCCUCCUUCCAUCACCCCGCCCCAUUCUCCCGCUUUCCAUCACCCCGCCCCAUUCUCCCGCUUUCCAUCACCCCGCCUCAUUCUCCUGCUUUCCAUCACCCCGCCCCAUUCUCCCGCUUUCCAUCAACCCGUCCCAUUCUCCAGCUUUCCAUCACCCCGCGCCAUUCUCCCGCUUUCCAUCACCCCGCCCCAUUCUCCCUUCUUCCAUCACCCUGCCCCAUUCUCCCGUUUUCCAUCACAAUGCCCCAUUCUCCUGCUUUCCAUCACCCUGCCCCAUUCUCCCGCUUUCCAUCACCCCGCCCCAUUCUCCCGCUUUCCAUCACCCCGCCCCAUGCUUCCGCUUUCCAUCACCCCACCGCAUUCUCCCACUUUCCAUCACCCCGCCCCAUUCUCCCGCUUUCCAUCACCCCGCCCCAUUCUCCCGCUUUCCAUCACCCGGCCCCAUUCUCCCGCUUUCCAUCACCCCGCCCCAUUCUCCCGCUUUCCAUCACCCCGCCCCAUUCUCCCGCUUUCCAUCACCCCGCCACAUUCUCCCGCUUUCCAUCACCCCGCCCCAUUCUCCCUCCUUCCAUCACCCCGCCCCAUUCUCCAGCUUUCCAUCACCCCGCGCCAUUCUCCCGCUUUCCAUCACCCCGCCCCAUUCUCCCGCUUUCCAUCACACCGCCCCAUUCUCCUGCUUCCCAUCACCCCGCCCCAUUCUCCCGCUUUCCAUCACCCCGCCCCAUUCUCCCGCUUUCCAUCAUCCCGCCCCAUUCUCCCGCUUUCCAUCACCCGGCCCCUUUCUCCCGCUUUCCAUCACCCCGCCCCAUUCUCCCGCUUUCCAUCACCCCGCCCCAUGCUUCCGCUUUCCAUCACCCCACCGCAUUCUCCCACUUUCCAUCACCCCGCCCCAUUCUCCCGCUUUCCAUCACCCCGCCCCAUUCUCCCGCUUUCCAUCACCCGGCCCCAUUCUCCCGCUUUCCAUCACCCCGCCCCAUUCUCCCGCUUUCCAUCACCCCGCCCCAUUCUCCCGCUUUCCAUCACCCCGCCACAUUCUCCCGCUUUCCAUCACCCCGCCCCAUUCUCCCUCCUUCCAUCACCCCGCCCCAUUCUCCCGCUUUCCAUCACCCAGCCCCAUUCUCCCUCCUUCCAUCGCCCCGCCCCAUUCUCCCGCAUUCCAUCACCCCGCCCCAUUCUCCCGCUUUCCAUCACCCCGCCCCAUUCUCCCUCCUUCCAUUGCCCCGCCCCAUUCUCCCUCCUUCCAUCACCCCGCGCCAAUCUCCCGCUUUCCAUCACCCAGCCCCAUUCUCCCUCCUUCCAUCGCCUCGCCCCAUUCUCCCGCUUUCCAUCACCCCGCCCCAUUCUCCCGCUUUCCAUCACCCCGCCCCAUUCUCCCUCCUUCCAUUACCCCGCCCCAUUCCCCCUCCUUUCAUCACCCCGCCCCAUUCUCCCUCCUUCCAUCACCCCGCCCCGCCCCAUUCUCCCGCUUUCCAUCACCCCGCCCCAUUCUCCCUCCUUCCAUCACCCCGCCCCAUUCUCCCGCUUUCCAUCACCCCGCCCCAUUCUCCCGCUUUCCAUCACCCCGCCCCAUUCUCCCGCUUUCCAUCACCCCGCCCCAUUCUCCCUCCUUCCAUCACCCCGCCCCAUUCUCCCUCCUUCCAUCACCCGGCCCCAUUCUCCCGCUUUCCAUCACCCCGCCCCAUUCUCCCGCUUUCCAUCACCCCGCCCCAUUCUCCCGCUUUCCGUCACCCCGCCCCAUUCUCCCUCCUUCCAUUGCCCCGCCCCAUUCUCCCUCCUUCCAUCACCCCACCCCAUUCUCCCGCUUUCCAUCACCCAGCCCCAUUCUCCCUCCUUCCAUCACCCCGCCCCAUUCUCCCUUCUUCCAUCACCCUGCCCCAUUCUCCCGCUUUCCAUCACCAUGCCCCAUUCUCCUGCUUUCCAUCACCCCGCCCCAUUCUCCCGCUUUCCAUCACCCCGCCCCAUUCUCCCGCUUUCCAUCACCCCGCCCCAUUCUCCCGCUUUCCAUCACCCCGCCCCAUUCUUCCGCUUUCCAUCACCCCACCCUAUUCUCCCGCUUUCCAUCAACCCGCCCCAUUCUCCCGCUUUCCAUCACCCCGCCCCAUUCUCCCGCUUUCCAUCACCCCGCCCCAUUCUCCCGCUUUCCAUCACCCCGCCCCAUUCUCCCGCUUUCCAUCACCCCGCCCCAUUCUCCCACUUUCCAUCACCCCGCCCCAUUCUCCCGCUUUCCAUCACCCGGCCCCAUUCUCCCGCUUUCCAUCACCCCGCCCCAUUCUCCCGUAUUCCAUCACCCCGCCCCAUUCUCCCGCUUUCCAUCACCCCGCCCCAUUCUCCCGCUUUCCAUCACCCCGCCCCAUUCUCCCUCCUUCCAUCACCCCGCCCCAUUCUCCCGCUUUCCAUCACCCCGCCCCAUUCUCCCGCUUUCCAUCACCCCGCCCCACUCUUCCUCCUUCCAUCACCCCACCCCAUUCUCCCUCCUUCCAUCACCCCGCCCCAUUCUCCCGCUUUCCAUCACCCCGCCCCAUUCUCCCGCUUUCCAUCACCCCGCCCCAUUCUCCCGCUUUCCAUCACCCCGCCCCAUUCUCCCUCCUUCCAUCACCCCACCCCAUUCUCCCUCCUUCCAUCACCCGGCCCCAUUCUCCCGCUUUCCAUCACCCCGCCCCAUUCUCCCGCUUUCCAUCACCCCGCCCCAUUCUCCCGCUUUCUGUCACCCCGCCCCAUUCUCCCUCCUUCCAUUGCCCCGCCCCAUUCUCCCUCCUUCCAUCACCCCACCCCAUUCUCCCGCUUUCCAUCACCCAGCCCCAUUCUCCCUCCUUCCAUCGCCCCGCCCCAUUCUCCCGCAUUCCAUCACCCCGCCCCAUUCUCCCGCUUUCCAUCACCCCGCCCCAUUCUCCCUCCUUCCAUUGCCCCGCCCCAUUCUCCCUCCUUCCAUCACCCCGCCCCAUUCUCCCGCUUUCCAUCACCCAGCCCCAUUCUCCCUCCUUCCAUCGCCCCACCCCAUUCUUCCGCUUUCCAUCACCCCGCCCCAUUCUCCCGCUUUCCAUCACCCCGCCCCAUUCUCCCUCCUUCCAUUACCCCGCCCCAUUCCCCCUCCUUUCAUCACCCCGCCCCAUUCUUCCUCCUUCCAUCACCCCGCCCCAUUCUUCCGUUUUCCAUCACCCCGCCCCAUUCUCCCUUCUUCCAUCACCCUGCCCCAUUCUCCCGCUUUCCAUCACCAUGCCCCAUUCUCCGGCUUUCCAUCACCCCGCCCCAUUCUCCCGCUUUCCAUCACCCCGCCCCAUUCUCCCGCUUUCCAUCACCCCGCCCCAUUCUUCCGCUUUCCAUCACCCCACCCUAUUCUCCCGCUUUCCAUCACCCCGCCCCAUUCUCCCGCCUUCCAUCACCCCGCCCCAUUCUCCCGCUUUCCAUCACCCCGCCCCAUUCUCCCGCUUUCCAUCACCCCGCCCCAUUCGCCCGCUUUCCAUCACCCCGCCCCAUUCUCCCACUUUCCAUCACCCCGCCCCAUUCUCCCGCUUUCCAUCACCCGGCCACAUUCUCCCGCUUUCCAUCACCCCGCCCCAUUCUCCCGCAUUCCAUCACCCCGCCCCAUUCUCCCGCUUUCCAUCACCCCGCCCCAUUCUCCCGCUUUCCAUCACCCCGCCCCAUUCUCCCUCCUUCCAUCACCCCGCCCCAUUCUCCCGCUUUCCAUCACCCCGCCCCAUUCUCCCGCUUUCCAUCACCCCGCCCCACUCUUCCUCCUUCCAUCACCCCGCCCCAUUCUCCCUCCUUCCAUCACCCCGCCCCAUUCUCCCGCUUUCCAUCACCCCGCCCCAUUCUCCCGCUUUCCAUCACCCCGCCUCAUUCUCCUGCUUUCCAUCACCCCGCCCCAUUCUCCCGCUUUCCAUCAACCCGUCCCAUUCUCCAGCUUUCCAUCACCCCGCGCCAUUCUCCCGCUUUCCAUCACCCCGCCCCAUUCUCCCUUCUUCCAUCACCCUGCCCCAUUCUCCCGUUUUCCAUCACCAUGCCCCAUUCUCCUGCUUUCCAUCACCCUGCCCCAUUCUCCCGCUUUCCAUCACCCCGCCCCAUUCUCCCGCUUUCCAUCACCCCGCCCCAUGCUUCCGCUUUCCAUCACCCCACCGCAUUCUCCCACUUUCCAUCACCCCGCCCCAUUCUCCCGCUUUCCAUCACCCCGCCCCAUUCUCCCGCUUUCCAUCACCCGGCCCCAUUCUCCCGCUUUCCAUCACCCCGCCCCAUUCUCCCGCUUUCCAUCACCCCGCCCCAUUCUCCCGCUUUCCAUCACCCCGCCACAUUCUCCCGCUUUCCAUCACCCCGCCCCAUUCUCCCUCCUUCCAUCACCCCGCCCCAUUCUCCAGCUUUCCAUCACCCCGCGCCAUUCUCCCGCUUUCCAUCACCCCGCCCCAUUCUCCCGCUUUCCAUCACACCGCCCCAUUCUCCUGCUUCCCAUCACCCCGCCCCAUUCUCCCGCUUUCCAUCACCCCGCCCCAUUCUCCCGCUUUCCAUCAUCCCACCCCAUUCUCCCGCUUUCCAUCACCCGGCCCUUUCUCCCGCUUUCCAUCACCCCGCCCCAUUCUCCCGCUUUCCAUCACCCUGCCCCAUUCUCCCGCUUUCCAUCACCCCGCCCCAUUCUCCCGCUUUCCAUCACCCCGCCCCAUGCUUCCGCUUUCCAUCACCCCACCGCAUUCUCCCACUUUCCAUCACCCCGCCCCAUUCUCCCGCUUUCCAUCACCCCGCCCCAUUCUCCCGCUUUCCAUCACCCCGCCCCAUACUCCCUCCUUCCAUCACCCCGCCCCAUUCUCCCGCUUUCCAUCACCCCGCCCCAUUCUCCCGCUUUCCAUCACCCCGCCCCACUCUUCCUCCUUCCAUCACCCCGCCCCAUUCUCCCUCCUUCCAUCACCCCGCCCCAUUCUCCCGCUUUCCAUCACCCCGCCCCAUUCUCCCGCUUUCCAUCACCCCGCCUCAUUCUCCUGCUUUCCAUCACCCCGCCCCAUUCUCCCGCUUUCCAUCAACCCGUCCCAUUCUCCAGCUUUCCAUCACCCCGCGCCAUUCUCCCGCUUUCCAUCACCCCGCCCCAUUCUCCCUUCUUCCAUCACCCUGCCCCAUUCUCCCGUUUUCCAUCACCAUGCCCCAUUCUCCUGCUUUCCAUCACCCUGCCCCAUUCUCCCGCUUUCCAUCACCCCGCCCCAUUCUCCCGCUUUCCAUCACCCCGCCCCAUGCUUCCGCUUUCCAUCACCCCACCGCAUUCUCCCACUUUCCAUCACCCCGCCCCAUUCUCCCGCUUUCCAUCACCCCGCCCCAUUCUCCCGCUUUCCAUCACCCGGCCCCAUUCUCCCGCUUUCCAUCACCCCGCCCCAUUCUCCCGCUUUCCAUCACCCCGCCCCAUUCUCCCGCUUUCCAUCACCCCGCCACAUUCUCCCGCUUUCCAUCACCCCGCCCCAUUCUCCCUCCUUCCAUCACCCCGCCCCAUUCUCCAGCUUUCCAUCACCCCGCGCCAUUCUCCCGCUUUCCAUCACCCCGCCCCAUUCUCCCGCUUUCCAUCACACCGCCCCAUUCUCCUGCUUCCCAUCACCCCGCCCCAUUCUCCCGCUUUCCAUCACCCCGCCCCAUUCUCCCGCUUUCCAUCAUCCCGCCCCAUUCUCCCGCUUUCCAUCACCCGGCCCUUUCUCCCGCUUUCCAUCACCCCGCCCCAUUCUCCCGCUUUCCAUCACCCCGCCCCAUUCUCCCGAUUUCCAUCACCCCGCCCCAUUCUCCCGCUUUCCAUCACACCGCCCCAUUCUCCCGCUUUUCAUCACCCCGCCCCUUCUCCCGCUUUCCAUCACCCCGCCCCAUUCUCCCGCUUUCCAUCACCCCGCCCCAUUCUCCCGCUUUCCAUCACUCGGCCCCAUUCUCCCGCUUUCCAUCACCCCACCCCAUUCUCCCGCUUUCCAUCACCCCGCCCCAUUCUCCCGCUUUCCAUCAUCCCGCCCGAUUCUCCCUCCUUCCAUCACCCCGCCCCAUUCUCCCUCCUUCCAUCACCCCGCCCCAUUCUCCCGCUUUCCAUCACCCCGCCCCAUUUUCCUGCUUUCCAUCACCCCGCCCCAUUCUCCCGCUUUCCAUCACCCCGCCCCAUUCUCCCGCUUUCCAUCACCCCGCCCCAUUCUCCCGCUUUCCAUCACCCCGCCCCAUUCUCCCGCUUUCCAUCACCCCGCCCCAUUCUCCCGCUUUCCAUCACCCCGCCCCAUUCUCCCGCUUUCCAUCACCUCGCCCGCCCCAUUCUCCCGCUUUCCAUCACCCCGCCCCAUUCUCCCGCUUUCCAUCACCCCGCCCCAUUCCCCCGCUUUCCAUCACCCCGCCCCAUUCUCCCACUUUCCAUCACCCCGCCCCAUUCUCCCUCUUUCCAUCACCCCGCCCCAUUCUCCCACUUUCCAUCACCCCGCACCAUUCUCUCACUUUCAAUCUCCCCGCCCCAUUCUCCCGCUUUCCAUCACCCCGCCCCAUUCUCUCGCUUUCCAUCACCCUGCCCCAUUCUCCCUCUUUCCAUCACCCAACCCCAUUCUCCCGCUUUCCAUCACCCCGCCCCAUUCUCCCGCUUUCCAUCAACCCGCCCCAUUCGCUUGUUCCACAGGUACCAUGUACGAUUGGAAUGCCUAUAUUUGCUAAAUUACAUAUAUCCAAAAGGUUAGAACCUAGUUGGGCAGUGGGGAAAUGUGUAAUCUAG